AUGGCUCCCAAGAGAGUCCUAUGCGGCUAUGGCGUAGAUCUAGACGCAGUAGCCAACUGGAUCAACACUUGCGACGGGUCAAAGCAGAACCCGACCAACGUGUCGCGCGGCGUCUUCGGCGCCACGGUGGGCGUGGACCGGCUGCUGAAGCUGUUCGCCAAGUACGAGAUCAAGGCGACGUGGUUCACGCCGGCGCACACGAUCGAGUCGUUCCCGGCGCAGGUGGGCCGGAUCCGCGACGCCGGCCACGAGCUGGGCCUGCACGGGUACACGCACGAGUACCCGGCCCAGCUGACCGCGGCGCAGCAGCGCGACGUGCUGGCCAAGUCCAUCGCCGUGCUGACCGACUUCUGCGGCGGCGCCCGGCCCCGCGGCUACACGGCCCCGGCCUGGGCCACCAGUAAGGAGCUGAUCCCGCAGCUGGAGGAGUUCGGCGUCGUCUACGACCACUCGUUCAUGCACCACGAUGUUCAGAUGCACUGGGCGCCCGACACGUCGGCGAGCGACUGGGUCGAGACCAACCACGCACACGACGCGGCGUCGUGGAUGCGGCCCAUGAGCAAGCUGAAGCCGUCCAAGAUCGUCGAGAUCCCGGCCAACUGGCACCUGGACGACUGGCCGCCGUUCCAGCCGGUGCUGGGCAAGCCGAGCCACGGCUACGUCGACACGGACGUUGUCUUCCGGCUGUGGAAGCAGCAGUUCGACUUUGCGUACCGCGAGUACGACCAAUUCGUCUUCCCCAUCUCGAUCCAUCCCCAAGUUAGUGGGAAGCCACACAUCAUUCUCUUGCAUGAGCGCAUCAUUGAGUAUAUCAAUGGGUUUGAGGGCGUAGAAUGGAUGCCAAUGGCAGACAUGGCGCAGGAAUUCCUCGACGGUAAAAUUCCUGGGGCUUCGAUCGAAGGUGGUGUCGACCUUUGA